AUUGAUUUGAUAGGUAAAAAUUUAAAUGUACUUAAGUAAGAAAGUAAGGCUGUUGAAAAAUUACCAUAUGUUGUUUGAAAUCGUGUUUCUAAAAAUAAUAAGGGUUAUAUUUGUUAUUUAUAAGGUUGUUUAAAGUUGUUAUGAUAAAAGUCUAUACCCGUAAAACUGUCAGGACUAUUUUUAAAAGACAAAGAUAUGGAAAUGAAGAGCUAUCUCCCCAUUUUUUAAAUCGUCUUGGUAGAGAAUUCUUUGAUGUUCCUUGCCUUCAACUUGCCAAAUCAUUGUUAGGACAGAUUUUAGUUAGACGUGAAAAUGAACUUACACUGAAAGGUCGUAUUGUGGAAACAGAAGCAUAUAUUGCUGGUGAAGAUAUAGCAUCACACUCUCAUCAUGGUAAGAUAACAGAAAGAACUGCACCUACAUUUAUGGAUCCUGGUACCAUCUACGUAACACGUGUCUAUGGCAUGUAUCAUGUCUUCAAUAUUUCUAGUCAGGGAGAUGGUGCUUGUGUUUUACUAAGAUCCUUGGAACCUAUUUCUGGACUUGAAGAAAUGAAGAAGAAGCGAUCUUUCUUCGGAAAAGGUGCUAAGAAACAACUCAAGUCUUACAGAUUACAUGAAGUCUGCAAUGGUCCUUCAAAGCUUGCAAUUGCAUUUGCUAUUGACACAAAAUUUUCUGGUGAUGAUCUGGUUAAAUCAUCAGAACUUUGGUUAGAGCCUGGUCCUGAAAAAGUGAAAGAUGAAGAAAUAGUCGAAUGUCCCCGUAUUGGAAUUGACUUUGCUGGUCAAGUUUGGGCAUCAAAGCCUUUCAGAUAUUAUUUGAUUGGGAACACCUGUGUAAGUAAACGAAAUAAACAUGUUGAAGAACAAAUGAAGGCAGCAAUCACUGAAGAUGUUGAAUGACAGACGUUAUCAUUUAUUGGGCUCCAUUUUUAUCAACCAUAGAUAAAAGUGAAUAAACUAAUACAUUUUUUUAUUUCUUGUUGUAAUUAAGGCUUUUUUUGUAUACCAUGAGAUUAAUGUUUUUACCUAUAAUUGUAAAAUAGUUUAAAAGAAAAACAUCACCAAUUGCUAAAUAAUAAUUUUCUCAACUUAAAAAAAAAAUUAAAAUGUUCAGUUCCAUGUUAAUAUUAUAUUUGCUAAAAAUAAUAUAGAAUAAAAAAAAAUUAUACCCUCACUAGUUAAUUUAAAAGUCAAAAUAUUAAAUAUAGAUAAAAGGAUGUACUGUUAGCUUAGAAUUAUUUUUUGGAUCCUCAGACAACUAUUAACCAUUAAUUUCUCUAAACCAUAGUUGAAUUUUUUUAGCUUCAUUGAUAGUUCCCAACACUAUUCACAUUGAAAGACACCAAUAGAUAAUCUAAGAACAAACAAUAUAUGAAAUAUUAUAUCUUUAUAUAUGAGUUUUAGACCAGACCAGAAUAAUUCUCGCAUAACCUUCGGCAGAUAUAGUUUUGAGGAUGUAAACAGAUUCAUUUACCUCAGAUCCGAACUAAAUAAUGAAAACAGAAAUUUUAAACAAAGUGAACAGAAGAAUAAUGGUUGCUAAUCAAGCAUACUGUGCUAACAUGUACUUUUUUAAAUCUUCUUGUCUGUCAUGGACCAUUGAAGCCUGUCUAUAUAAAACAUUGCUAAGAUCCAUUUUAAUGAAUUGUUCUGAAACCUGGACCCUCACUGCUGUAAUGACGAAAAACCUGUGAAUGUGUUUGGGAUGAAAGAUAUGGUACUUGUCCAUUAGCCGGGCAGGAGGAAACCUCCCUUGUUAUCUAUGUUACGUCACAUAAUCUCCCUCUUCCGAUCUCUCCAAACCUUUUAGUUAUUACAUUGUUUAUUUUUCAGUUAUUAAAGUCUUUAUUUUUGGUCCAUUAGUGUUAUUUUUGUCAAUUAAGUGGAGAAAUAAAAUACAUAGAGAAAUUGCCAGACAACACCUCGAUUCAUAUUUAUGCAAAUUUUUGUGACGGUGGGUUCACAAAGAAGAGGAAUUCUUGCUAUUUUAAAUAGCAUCAAACUAUUUUGCCUACCAAAAUAAAUAAGAUGAAGUGAAAAUAAACUGUACAUAUAUCGUUUAUAUUGUUUCUUUUAUAUGUACAUAUGUCCUUUAAGUGUUUUUUUUUUAUUAUUUCAUUUUCAUCUUUUAUAUGUUCAUAUGUUGUUUAAGUGUUUUUUUUUAUUAUUUCAUUUAUUUUUGUCCAUUUCAUGCCUUAUAUAUAGCAUUUCCAAGUCAAUUUCAACCUUUUCCAAAUCAAAUUCAACCUUUUCCAAGUCAAAUUAAACCUUUUCCAUUUCAAAUUCAACCUUUUCCAAGUCAAAUUCAACCUUUUCCAUUUCAAAUUCAACUUUCGAAUUUUUGUCAAUUUUCGAUUUUUUUCGAAAUGAAGGCCACUUACUAUAUUAUCGAAGGCAUAGCUUUUGAAAAAUACAAAAAAAAAUUUGAUAACGCGGUUGCAUAUCCAUUUAUUUUAACAUUUUAGAUUUUUUCAGCGUGAUAUUUCUAUGUCAUUUCCAAGUCAAAUUCAACCUUUUCCAAGUCAAAUUCAACCUUUUCCAUAUCAAAUUAAACUUUUUCCAAGUAAAUUCAACCAUUUCCAUUUCAAAUUAAACCUUUUCCAAUUCAAAUUCAACCGUUUUCAUUUCAAAUUAAUGUUUUAAUUUUUUGUAAAUCUUAGAUUUUUUUUUUAAAUAAUACCAUCCCCUCUCCCCCUCCAAUAUGAAAGUCUAUUAUUAUGCUCUCCUAAGUAGAAUUUUCACUUACGGAUAUCGAUUUAUUGUACCUAUUCGGAUUUAUUAGGGACUUGUAUUAUGCUGUCCUGUACCUAGUUUUGAAAAUAACCCCCAUUUUAAGAUUAAGUGACUGCGUUUCGAAUCAUUUAAGUUUUUUUGACUUAUUCGAUAUAAGGGUGUAUUUUUAUGUUUCCCGAUCAGUAAAUUUUGAAAACUACCUCCAUUUUAAGAUUAGGCCACCGCGUUUCGACUUAUUUGAGUUUUUCGGAUUUUUUUCAUAUGAGAGUGUAUUCUUAUGUUUCCGGAGCCGUAGAUUUUGAAAACGACCUCCAUUUUAAGAUUAGGCCACCGCGUUUCGAUUUCUUUGAGUUAUUCAGAUUUUUUUCAUAUGAGGAUGUAUUAUGUUUCCGGAGCCGUAGAUUUUGAAAACGACCUCCAUUUUAAGAUUAGGCCACCGCAUUUCGAUUUCUUUAAGGGUUUCGAAUUUGUAUCAUAAAAGAGUGUAUUCUUAUGUUUCCGGAGUCGUAGAUUUUGAAAAUGACCUCCAUUUUAAGAUUACGCCACUGCGUUUCGGCUUAUUUAAGUUUUUCGAAUUUAUCCAAUUUAAAGAUCCACUUUUAUGAUGCCGGAGCCUUAGUUUUUAUAACGACUUACAUUUUAAGAUUAGGACACUGUGUUUCGGUUUUUUUAAGUGUUUUUGAUUUUUCCUUCGAAUAAAAAACAAAAUAUGAAGGAUUAAUUUAUUUUUCAAUAAAUAAAUAAAAAUAUCUAAUCAAAAUAAAUAAAAUAUGUAUUGUCUCAUUUUUAAUUUAAUUUUAGUUAUCUUUUUUAAUGUUGUGGUCUCCUGUCACAAAAUUAUAAGAUUUCGAACAAUUCGCUGAAAAAUCUGAAUACGGAAGGUUAGAUUUAUUACCAGCUGCUUUUCGGCGUUUUAGUUUGUCUUCUGUGGUUAAUUUAACUUUAGCUUCAUAAUAUUUAUUUAUUUAUUCAUACUCGAAAACAUAUCGAUGAAACUUUGUAUUGAAAAAAUCCAAAAUGAAGCCUAAUUAUUCGAGAUGCAGCGGCUUAAUCAUAAAAUGGA